AUGGCUAAGCUGGUGGCUGAGCGAAAUCUAACCAUUUUCUUAGGGCAGGAGGACCCUUUGAUCCUCGAAGAAUGGAUGCGGGUGUUCGACAAGAUGUUCGAUGCUAUCGAUUGCCCGGCUGAGCAACGUGUGGAUAUAGCCGUUUUCUAUCUGCAGCAGCGAGCUGAUAUUUGGUGGGCUGCAGUUGGCCCGAACUUGCGUCAAUCACCAGCCUUCGGUUGGGAAGCCUUUAAGGAGGCUCUGAGGGAGAAGUUUUACCCUGAGCACGUCAGGACAGCCAAGUAUGAUGAGUUCCUUCACCUGCGUCAGGGAAAUAGAACGGUUCAGGAGUACUACACCGAGUUCAUCAACCUAGCAAGGUUUGCACCUACCCUGGCCCCUGAUGAGCAUGGCCAGGCAAGCAAGUUCAUCAGAGGACUAAACUUUGAUACUCAGAAGGGGAUCAACAUGUUCAGAUGUCAGACUCUGGACGAGGCCUAUAGCAGGGCUGCCAGCCAUUGCCAGGUUCAGCAGCGGUAG